CGCGCCAUUUUAAGAGUGCUGCGCGAAGAACAAGAGAAUUAACAUCGGGUGGUCUUUAACAAAAAUACACAUACUGUAGUGUUCUUGCUGUCAAAAUAUAGUAUUACAGGAAUAUCUUUGUGUAUUUUAUUUUCCGUUACGAUUGGAAGUUUUAUUCGGGAUUGAAUGCGGAGCUGAGGUGAACAAUGACGCAGUUUUUGCCUCCGAAUCUGCUGGCGUUGUUUGCCCCGCGGGACCCUAUACCAUUCCUGCCGCAGCUUGAGAAACUUCCCCAUGAGAAGCAUCACAACCAGCCAUAUUCAGGCAUCGCUCCUUUUAUCAAGCACUUUGAGGACCCUAGAGAUGCCCCCCCACCUACCAGAGCCGAAACACGAGAGGAGAGAUUGGAAAGGAAGAGACGUGAGAAGAUGGAGAGGAGGCAGAUCGUGGUAGAGGAAGAGCUGAAGUUGUGGGAUCCUCACAAUGAUCCCAAUGCUCAGGGAGAUGCCUUCAAAACCUUGUUCGUGGCUCGAAUUAAUUAUGAUACUACAGAGUCCAAGCUGCGUCGUGAGUUUGAAGUAUAUGGUCCUAUCAAAAGGAUCUAUAUUGUGUACAACAAGAGGACAGGGAAACCACGUGGCUAUGCUUUCAUUGAGUAUGAACAUGAGCGAGACAUGCACUCCGCCUACAAGCAUGCAGAUGGCAAAAAGAUUGAUGGGCGGCGGGUACUGGUGGAUGUGGAGAGAGGUCGUACUGUGAAAGGAUGGCACCCCCGUAGGCUGGGUGGGGGUCUGGGUGGUACGAGGAGAGGUGGAGCAGACGUUAACAUCAAACACUCUGGCCGAGAUGACACUUCCCGUUAUGAUGAUAGACCUAUUGGGAGUGACCGUGAUCGUGACCGUGGAGAUCGGCGUGAGAGGAGUCGCGAGCGUGAGCGGGACAGGGAACGUGGUGAGCGGCGACGGUCGCGCUCUAGGGAGAGGCGCAGGCGCACCCGGUCCCGCGAGCGUGACAGAGCAGCGCCGCCAGUUGCUGAGGAGGGAGGCGGCAGCCGUCGAAGAGAAAGGGAACGGGAGAGGGGGGAGGUUGAAGGCAAGACCCGAGAGAGGAGCCGAGACCGCGAGCGUGACCGUGAGCGCAAGAGGAGGAGCCGGAGCAGGGACAGGAGGAGGGAGAGGGAGAGAGGGAAGGGAGGUGAGGAGGGUGUGGGUGGCCUUCCCGAUGGCAUGAUGGGAGAUGGAGGAGAAAGGGGGCAGGAAGAUCCUGCUUUAGGUGAGCCAGGGCGGACAGAUGAGGGGGGCCCAGAGGGAGAGGAGCGAGGGAGGGACCGUGACAGGGAGAGGGAGCGUGACCGUGACCGGAAGCGUAGCCACAGGGAUAAAGAUAGAGACAGGGACAGGAGGAGAGACAGAGAAAGAGAUCGUGAACACAAACGAGAUCGGGGUGAUCGUGAGAGGGGCAGCGAGCGCCGGGAGGACAGGCAUGCCCCCCUACUGCCCCCCAUGGGAGAUCACGAAGGCCUGGGUAACGGAGGUGAGGAAGGGGAUGAGUCGGUCCCGCCACAGUCUGAAGAAGGAUCCCAGGAUGGCAUGGGAAUGAUGAUGGACCAAGACUCCAUGCAGUCUGGGGAAGGCUAUGGCUCCAAUGAGAAUGGAUACAGGAUGGACUUGCAGGGUGAUGAGUAUUAAUCAGAUGGGCUUUGAUUGUACACCAAGGUCAUCACAUGCAGUAUAUGUGAUGUGUUGGGGGGUUUUUUGUUUUUUUUUUGUUUUGUUUUUUUUGCUUUCUUCCCCUGUGGUUUUGUUUUUGUUUUUGUUUUGUUUUUUUUGGCUAGUUCCCUGCUUCUCAGCCAUUCUCUUGGUUCACUUGCCCUUGGUGCUUCUGUCCCUGUGGUGACACUCUCCACAUGAGAAUGUGAGCAUCUUAAUGUACAACAAGUCUUGGGGAGCAUGACCUCCACAGCAAGCAAUGUCUUCUGGUCUGGCAUAGUAACAGCUGAACUUUGAUCAGCCUUUUUUUUGGUGGGGGGGGGGGGAACUGACAUCAAAUAAAUUUGGCAAAGGUUGUAUGAAAAGUUAAUUGAAUCGAUCAUCUCUAUCUGAAUUUCCUGUUUAACAUUUCAGCUGUAGUGCUGUAUUCUAUAAACAUUGAAUGCUGUGCUUGUUUGCUCACGUACAGUAUAAAUAUUUUAUACACUUGUCUGAUUAAAUAGACUUAAUGGAUUAUUCGAGUUCAUGUUUCCCCCCCACCCCCGUAUAAAUCUUUAUUGGUCUACUUCAAGAAUCAUUUCAAGGUAAGGCGUUAUGAUGGGUAAGAUGUUGACUAUAAUUUACGUUAUUUAGGCUCCUCGGAUGCUCAAAUGCUCCAUCAUAUUCUGUUCCUAUUCCCCACGUUGUGAAUCAUAGCAACGACCCUUCUGUGAAGAACGACAGAAAUUGCUGUUCAAUAACUUGCCAUAGAUUCACAAUUUAUUUCAUUUUAUUUUUGAGUGCUUCGUAAAACUAGUUUUUUUUUCGGGGUUCUGUUUUGCAUCUUUCUCUUUUAAUAAACGAUCCCUUUUUUAAUUAUC